CCUGCCUCACACAGACAGUCUCCGCGUUGCAAACGUGAAUGAGUAGCAAUGGGGAUCACUAUGGACCGUGGCUCUGUCAUCUCAGCUGGCUGUAUCUGACCUAAAAUGUUAGAAAUAAAUGGAAUUGAGGGGGAAAUUAAAAUACAGGAGCAAACAAGCGCAUCCGCUAUCUGUACAGAACAUUUUUGUUAUUAAUAUCACGUGUGCUCAACCCACUGUCAAUAUUCCGGAUGUUACCCGUCACUCGGAUCGCAAUGAACGUCUGCCUUGAAUCUGAAACCAAAUAAACACCCAGGGGUUCCUGUGUCUUAAGGAUAAUACAUUUACCAUAACAGAGGAUUAUCCUGUCACGCUGGAAACCCGAUUAUUCACACUGGUGGACACAUCAAAUUAAAUUACAUUAAAUGAGGACUUAUUCUAAGAACGGUGUGGGAAAAUCAGAUUUUGGCAACUCAUCGAUGACCUUUUCACCUACAACAAUUUGAGUUUGGAUGCUAAGACGCCAUGCAUCCGUAAGGGGAAUAAGAGCAUCUCCUCUGCUCCUUGCACCAUCAACAUGUGCAGCCAAUGAUCAUCCCAACCCAACUGUUGUCACCUUCCUGGCUGGGACAAUGUUUUAAAACAGGAUAGCCAGCAGCAUGAAAGGGCUAGGAGCAAACCGCAGUCGCCACCUCUCCGAUUCCUGUGAUCCAACUAGAGGCCAUUCGGAAUCCAUGUAUCCUACAGUGGCAGACCCACGCAGUCCAUACCUGCUGAGCCCGACCAUGGACCCUUACAGUACCAUGAACCCCUCACACCAUUUCCCAAUUACAAACCCCACUUCCUUACCCACUGACUGCCUGCUACCCUUGAACAAUCAGUUGUCCACCAGCAGUACCUUCCCGCGCAUCCACUACAACUCGCACUUUGAUACCCGGCAGCCAGAAUACUCGGCAACUUCAAUUCCCACUGGGGGUGGCUUAAGUGGAAUCAGCACUGGCACCAUUGGGACCUCUCUGUCUAUGGGGGGUAUAGGAGGAGGGACGAUUAUCACCAGCGGCUCAGCUACAAUCUCAGCAGGAAGUAAGAUGAAUCGGCUGCCACCCAAUCUGCUUGAUCAGUUUGAGAAGCAGCUGCCUAUUCACCGAGAUGGCUUCAGCACAUUACAGUUCCAUCGAGGUUCUACCGCAAAGCAGCGAAGUGAAAGUCCUGGCCGCAUCCGCUACCUGGUCCAUUCUGUGCAGAAACUUUUUGCCAAGUCUCAGUCCUUAGAAGGAGCUGUUAAAGGCAGCCUUAAUGGAAAGUUCUCCAACAGCAGUAGCAACGAAGAUCCCAAACAAAACCGACGCAGCAAGAGCAAAGACCGGGCCAAAACUGAAAGCAGUAAGCGUAGGGUGCGGACCAACAUAUCAGGAUUAUGGAGCUCUGAUGAUAACUUAGAUGGAGAUGCGUGUAGCUACCGCACUCCUAUGGCCCUUAUGACUUUGGGCAGACGUGGGCCGGAUACCCAGGGACCUUCUAAGUACCUAAUGAAUGCUUACAACACCAUCAGUGAGCAUACUCUCAAGGCUUCCAAGAGCAACAACGACCUCAAGUUUCAGGUCUACCCCACCAUGUCAGUCACUGAUAGCGGGGGAGGUGGAGGUGGAGGAGGAGGAGGAGGAGGAGGAGGAGGAGGAGGGGGCUUGGGAGAUGGUAAAUGUGUUAAGCGAGGUUCCUGGUCCACCCUCACAUUCAGUCAGGCACGACAAGUCUGCCAGAAGGGAUCUGCAACAAUUGACAAAGCUCUGCUCAAAUCCAAGUCCUGCCACCAAGAACUCACCUGUCGUUACCUUCAGGUUCCGCCAGGGGAGAUGAACAGCACUCUGUCUCGAGAUCGAGGUGGCGGAUCCAGUGAGAUUCCAUGCCGGCGGAUGCGCAGUGGUAGCUACAUCAAGGCAAUGGGGGACGAGGACAGUGAGGACUCAGAGGGCAGCCCCAAACCUUCCCCAAAGACAGCAGCGCGUCGACAAAGCUACCUGAAGGCCACGCAACAGUCCUUGAGUGACCAGCUUCCCCUACGCAACUGUUUGCCCUCCCUCUGUGAGAUUUCAUCCAACCGAAGCCUGGAUAAUCUUGACUGCAUUGGAGCUCCACCAAGUUCACCUUUUCAGCGCUGGGAGGAUGAGGACUACAGUCUUGGCAACAACACGCUGAGCAAGAACAGCACCAUGAGCCAGAGCUGUAUCAGCCAGGUUCAAGAGAUGGAGACAAGCAGCCAGUGUGAGGAGACCUGCGAGUCUGUGUUCAGCGAAAUGGAUUCUCAAGCCUUGGACCUGCCACUUCCUACCUGCUUCCGUUCUCGGAGCCACAGCUAUCUUCGGGCUAUCCAAGCUGGCUGCUCCCAGGAUGACGACACCAUCUCGAUCUGCUCAGAUUCUCCCACACCUGCUUCCACUACUGUGCGCACAUUCAGCACCAGCACCACUUCCACCUGCAUAACUACCUAUAAGAAGGCACCACCUCCAGUACCACCCCGCACCACCUCAAAGCCCUUCAUCUCAGUGACAGUGCAAAGCAGCACAGAGUCGGCUCAAGACAUUUACCUGGACAGCCAAGAUCACAAGAGUGAAGCCAACAGCCAGUCAGGGCUCAGUAAUUCUUCGGACAGCUUGGACAGCACGAGAGCCAACAGUCUGGCCAAGGGCAUUUCAAUCCCUCUUCCUAUUGCCACUCCUCGUGAGCUCCCUUCCCUUGACUGCCCAUCCCGCAUAACCAUUGACCUCAAUCAUGACCCUCUAAAAAGUGACAAGGGGACUCUUACCAUUGAGGAGCCCAAAGCAGAGCAAGUUCCCAAAAGAAAACUUUCUUCUAUUGGAAUACAGGUAGACUGCAUUCAGCCUCCCCAUAAAGAGGACCUUUCAUUGCUCACCCGAUUUCAGUCUAUUGGAGUGCAAGUGGAAGACGGCUGGCAAAUGAGCCGCUCCAGUAGUAUGGCAUCCAAGCAAGAGACUGAUUCAGACACUCAGGAGUUCAGCAACUCAAAGUCCUCUGAGAAAGGUGCUAGCAGCAGCAGUCAAUCGGUUGACUAUUCAUCACGACCCCACGGCAGUGGCGACAGUGGACCUAAGCGACAAAUGUCCAAUCACAUAGGGGCAAGGAGUAGCAGCUCUUCCUUCUCGGAGAGUUUGGACCCAGCUUUGGAUCCUUCAUCUUUGCCACCUCCUGAUCCCUGGCUGGAAAGUGUGAACAGCACAACACCCACUGGACCGGUGCAGCCGACAGCAACAGCCUGUCGCCGAGAUGGAUACUGGUUUUUAAAGCUUCUGCAAGCAGAAACUGGACGAAUGGAGGGUUGGUGCUUACAGAUGGAAAAGGAGACCAAAGAGAAUCAGCUGUCUGAAGAAGUUCUUGGGAAGAUCAGGAGUGCCGUGGGCAGUGCACAGCUUCUCAUGUCUCAGAAAUUCCAGCAGUUCCGAGGCCUCUGUGAACAGAAUAUGAAUGUCAAUGCAAAUCCACGACCAACUGCACAAGAUCUGGCUGGGUUCUGGGACCUUCUCCAGUUGUCUAUUGAAGACAUAAGUAUGAAGUUCGAUGAACUGUAUCACUUGAAGACCAAUGACUGGCAACUUACUGACUCCUCGGACAGGAAGGAAGAGAAGAAGCAGCCUCCCCCUGUGCCAAAGAAGCCCUCCAAACCGAAGCCAGCAGCUAGCCGGGAGAAGAACGAUUCUUCGGCAGACAAACAACGGCAGGAAGCACGUAAGCGGCUCAUGGCAGCUAAGCGGGCAGCCUCAGUGAGACAGAACUCGGCAACCGAGAGUGCUGACAGUAUUGAGAUCUAUGUUCCUGAGGCUCAGACCCGUCUUUGAGGUUCUCUUCCUAACUGUCCACCCCCAACUCAGAUGGACCCACUGUGGAGAGCAUUCAACCCCAUUAUAUGAUGCUGGAGGUUGGGACUCAGCACAGCAAAAGUAGAUAAAAUAAUAAAAUAUUUAAAUAUUGAACUGAAUGGGACAAAAAAAAUAACUAUAACAUGAGCUGAGACUCUUGAAUCAUGCGGCUGCAAUGAAAACCUCAAAAAGACUUUGUUAUUAUAUCUCCUAAACAUAAUGAUAAUAUCAAAAACUAUCUUAAUGUUAUUUCUUAAGCAAGAGCUCUUCAAUUGCUCUGAUCUGAGCAGCAAUGCAUCAUAAUCCAGACGUGCUCCUAGCCCCUGCACGCCUUUUCGAUCCCCUGCAUCAGUCUUGUCUUCCCAUUACUACUUGUAUUAAUUCCGCUGCUAAACUUUCUACACCCCUAACCCCCCCCCCUCCUUUUUAUUUUUAUUUAUUUGUUUUUUUUUUUUUUGUUGUUUUUUUUUUAAUUACGUCUAGAGACCAGGAUCAGGUAGUUUUUAACAUCUUGUCCCAGAGACGGGUCAGUAACGGUGAACUGAGAUUGACCCAAGGAAUUACGGCAGCAUGGACCAAUGGAUAACAGGACUCUAUCAUAAACGAGGAUGCAUUUUUGCAGCAAAAUGUUUUCCAAAACAAAAGUCUUAAUUUUGUUAAAUUUAAUUUGUUAGCUUGAACCUGUCCUCCACUUUUGGUGGCUAUAAGGAAAGACUGGGCAUCACUUCAUGUCCCCACGCAUCAAGUGAAAUGUCUUGAAAGAAAAGGGAGAAAGAAAAAGAAAAUUCUGUUGUUUUUUCAUUUUGUGUCAACAUUUCACCAGCAUAUACUUUUGUAAUUUAAUUUUUUGUCUUUGAGACUGGGAAGGUAGCACAGAUUAAUAAUAUAUAGAUUGGAGCAUUUUUACCCCUGCAAACCUUGGUCUGUAGUUCUAUUUGUCCAUAAAUCAAAAAAAAAAUCAAUGUUUUAGAGAUUCUUCUUUUGUUCUAUAGGCACACAGGACAGUUUGAUUGUUCUGCCACUGCGGAGAGCUCCCUCUGAAAUGUAAAGUGCAUUAUUUUAGUGAAAAAACAGCUGUGCAUAUGUGUGUGUGUAAUUGA